AUGGAAGAACAUAGAAAGCAUAUUCUACCUAGUAGUGUCAUUAUCUGGGUUGUGGGAAAUAACAAUAGCGUAAUCCCCAGAAGCCCUAGCGAAAACCCCUCGGUCACCCACGUGAUGCUCCACGUUGCAGACAACGGCACCCUCAGGGAUAGAUCUGAGUGGGAGGACAUUGCCGACCACAAGAUUGGCCUUCUUGCCGCAGUAGACGAACUGGCCGGUAUACAUGCCCUCGGCGGCCACGAAAAGCUCCUUCUGAUGCUGGAACCGGAAUGGGUGGCGGAAAACAACGCGGGCGAGAGGCGCUCCGCGGCCAGGGUCGUGGAUGAUCUCGGUGACCACGCCCUUCAGGUAGCCGUUGCGCUCGCCGAAGUCGAGGGACCGGAAACGAGCCGGGCCCUUGCGGUGGUGGGUGUGGGACUUGAACACGGAUCCAGCUCCCUUACGCUGUGCACGGAUAACACGACCCAUCGCGCCAGCUGCUCUGUGUGUGUGUGUGUGACACGAGGAGGAUGA